UUUACUUCCCCGUUUAUCAAUUUAGCCAUUAUUAUUAAAAUCUUUGGCAUAAACAUUGCCAACUUUGGAGCUUAUCAGGCAUUCAGGAUGGCAUGUGGCAGAGGAAUGAAGCUUAAGGAGCUUCAGUCGCACCUUGGAGAUGUUGACGUGUUUGAGAAACCAAAAGUUUUACUAGAACAGUACCCCACCACUCCACAUUUAGCAGCAUGCAUGUUACACACCAUUCACUCGACAUACAACGACCUAGAGGACAAGCAUGUCCUUGACCUAGGCUGUGGGUGUGGUGUUCUCAGUAUCGGAGCUGUUAUGCUAGGGGCAAGCAAAGUCACGGGAAUAGAUAUAGACGAAGAUGCCUUGGAAAUAUGUAGACAGAAUGCAGACUUUUUUGACAUUGAAAACAUUGACCUUGAACUCCAUGAUGUGACCUCUAUGGCACCAGAGGUCAUAGAAAGGUUAAAGGGGACGGUUGACACAGUUGUGAUGAAUCCUCCAUUUGGCACUAAGCGAAAUGAAGGCAUAGACAUGGAAUUUGUAAAGACAGCAUUGCAUCUCACAGAUAAUGUUGUGUACUCUCUACACAAAUCAUCAACAAGGGAGCACAUUGAGAAGAAAGCUGAAGACUGGGGAGUGAAGAUGGAAGUAUUGGCGAAGAUGAGAUUUGAUCUGAAACAGACCCUAAAGUUUCAUAAGAAAAAAUCAUUGGACAUUGAAGUUGACUUUAUCAAAUUUUCUCACAAAAAGUCCAAAUUGAAGCCACAGAAUAAAGUCUGAAAGAACAAA